GGCUCUUGGAAAGACUUCAACUGGGUGAAGCCUUGACAUUCACUCCAUAUAGAGCAGGAUUUCAUGCCAUUUUAAUUUCUCACAUAGCAGGCCUCCACAAAUCAUCUUCAAGGAUUACUUCGACGCCACCGAAGCCAGUAAAUGAGGGCGACUUUAUGUGAUCUGAGAUGGUAAUAAAUGCAUGAAGGUGAGUGCCUUUUAAAGGGAAGGGGGAGCAGAUAUCUGGUUCUGGCAGAACCUUGAGUGGCCCUCCCCCCCCUGAUCCUGUUCCAGCUUCUCUCUCUUUCUCUCACCCCUCCCCUGCGCCUCUGGCCUGACACAUGCCACUUGAGAGCUCCUUAUAUAGACCCGACGGGCUUUUUGGAGGAAAGGGUAAACAAACCCAGCGCAGCCACCAGCACUUUGCGUCUGCUGCUUUUGAAAUCCCCACUUUUUCAUGGACACACAACAGAAAUCAUGGAGCCUCCCUCACAGGUGUCACUCCCAGAGAAGAGGCAGGAAAUGAAGAAACAAGAGGCUGAUGCCACAGUCUACAUGAAUUUCAUGAAAAGUCACAGCUGCUAUGAUGCCAUUCCAACCAGCUGUAAACUGGUCAUAUUUGAUACCAAACUACAAGUGAAAAAGGCCUUUUUUGCACUGGUGGCAAAUGGCUUGAGGGCGGCGCCGUUAUGGGACAGCAAGUUGCAGAGAUUUGUGGGUAUGCUGACUAUUACAGAUUUCAUCAACAUCCUCCAUUACUAUUACAGGUCCCCUAUGGUUCAAAUGUACGAGCUGGAGAGACACAAGAUCGAGACAUGGAGAGAUGUCUACCUGCAGUGUUCCAAUCACAUCCUCAUUAGUAUUUCUCCAGAGGCCAGCCUCUUUGAUGCCAUCUAUUUCUUACUUAAGUAUAAGAUCCACAGGCUGCCGGUCAUGGAUCCACAGUCUGGAAACGUCUUGCACAUUCUCACCCACAAAAGAAUCCUCAAGUUCCUCCACAUAUUUGAAAGAAAAGUUCCCAAGCCUGCGUUCAUGGGAAGGCAGAUCCAGGAGCUCGGGAUCGGAACUUUCAGGAACAUCGCCACUGUUCAGCAAACGGCAACGAUUUAUGAUGCCCUCGCCAUUUUUGUGGAAAGGCGGGUGUCUGCACUACCCGUGGUGGACGAACAAGGCAAAGUGGUGUCCCUCUACUCAAGAUUUGAUGUGAUUAAUCUAGCAGCCCAGAAGAGUUACAACAAUCUGGACAUACCGAUGCAGGAGGCCGUUCGCAGGCGCUCAUGUUUUGUCGAGGGAGUGAUCAAGUGCUACCCUGAUGAGACCUUGGAAACCAUCAUAGACCGGCUGGUCAACGCUGAGGUCCAUCGGCUGGUCCUGGUGGACAGGGCUGACGUGGUGAAGGGCAUCAUCUCUCUGUCUGACCUGCUGCAGGCCAUGGUCUUAACCCCUGCAGGUAUUGAUGCCCUUAUGUCUUAGCACCAGAGGACAGCAGGUCCCCUUCCCUCCUUUACCACCCGAGUACGCUUGAGUCCUGUACACAGCCAGAAAUCAACUUGAGACUGAAAUGAGAGAUCACAACAGGAAGAAAAAUCCCCUUACUGCGCUACUUUACAUUAAGAUGCCUUUUGUGAUCUAUGUGCUGUGUUCAAGAAACAAUAAUACCAGUGAGCUGACCUUGAUGCUGUAAUGAAUCUCUAUAGGUCUCCAGCACAA